AUGGGUUUGGCCUCUUCCAAACACCAGGCAUUAGAGGACUGGGAGGAUAAAGACGAGUCGUCGUUUCCCUGGCUGGAGCCUCGUGGUCUCAAAGUCGGCCAUGCGACGGACGUGCGACGCGCUUAUCGCCUGACGAGAGACGUCCUUGGCGAAGGUCGCACAAGCAUCGUGUGGGUGGGCGUGGACAGGUUGAGUGGGACCCACGUGGCAGUGAAGAUGAUAUCUAAGCAAAUUGUGACAGCAAUGAAGGGAGAAGAGCUUCGGGCGUCUGAGAUUGAGAUCCUCCUUGCACUGCAACAUGGUGGAGCCAGUAAGCAAUUAGAAGGGAACGGCGACAGCUGCGCUGCUGCCGCCACCACCCCUGCCAGCAGCAGCGGCAGCGGCAGCACAACCAGCAGCACCACCGCUGCCGCCACCAAUAGUGGCGGUACAAGUUCCGCUGUAAUAACAGGAUCGUUACCUUCCUCUGCUGAUCCAGCCUGUCCUGCUUCCUCUGACUCUUCCAACCCGGCUGUUGAUGCUCAUGGUUCUGCCUCAGUCUCAGCCUUCCCUGCCCUACUCCCUGUGCUGGGCACAUUUGAGGAUGACCGCUUCCUCUUCCUGGUCACUCCCUUGGUGGCUGGAGGGGACCUCCUUUCGCACAUUGCGUCCCGGCCCAAGUUCUCAGAGCGCCAUGCAUCAGUCAUUGUGCGCCAUCUGCUCAAGACUCUUGCACAUCUUCAUUCUAAGGGGAUCUCACACCUUGAUGUUUGGCAAUGGGGAAGGCAGCAGCAUCUGCAGAGCAAGUUCACGGGAAUGCCACAUGGCUAA